AUGUAUCAAUUCUUAUUAAACUACAGAUCCACUCCACAUUCAAUAACUACGGUUCCACCAGCUACUGCUUUGUUUGGACGUUCCAUUCGCAAUAAGUUACCGUCAGUUACUAAAACACUCCCAGACAUGAAGUAUAUCAACGAAACAAUAGAUACCGCUGAUCAGAGUGCCAAGUGUAAACGCAAUGAAUAUGCUGAUAAACGCCGACAUGCUCGAAUACCUCAACUCGCUGUUGGAGAUUGUGUUUUAGUGCGGCAAGAGAAACAGAAUAAGUUGACACCACAUUUUGACCCAAAUCCAUAUACCAUAACGGCUGUAAAAGGAACCAUGAUUACGGCUACGAGAGCUGAUCAUUGCAUAACUCGGAACAGUUCACAUUUCAAGUUAUUCACGGGAGGUGCUACAAAUCAAGGAGAAACAAGUGACAACAAAGUUGAGGGACGAAAUGAAAAUGCUAGAGAGAGAGAGAAAUGUAGUUGUUGA